AUGAGGAUUAACCGAGAGUACCACCCCCACCAGACUCGCGACGUCUAUACGCACUCCAAAGAUGGCAGUUCAGACGACAGACUCCCGUACGACCUCCAGGAGCCGACUGGGGAGCAUAUUCUAACCCCCGUGUCCAACGCCCGCCAAGACCCUCAUUCCCAGCCGCCCGAGUCCGAUUCCUGUGCCACCUACAACUACCAACAACCCCGACACUGGGAGAGCAGUACGGGCCGUUACUACGACCCCCGCGGCGGCCAUCGGCCCACCACUCUCACCAAAAUGCAUCCCCGACCGGCCUACGCGAAGGAGAGUCCCAUCCGACAACUCGGAGCCCUCCGUGAACGUACCAACUGGACCAACGCACCAAUCGACUACUCCCUUGACGUCAUGGAGGGCACCCCACACUCGGCGCUGUCAACUGUGGAGGAGGGGAUGGUUCGUCACUGGCAGUCUCCCGAUGGGAGCACUCCCGUGAACGAGCCUGUUCAAACCGGCAUGGCCAGGACUAGCGAUGACCUCGAGCGCGGAUCGAACACGUCCUUACAGCCUACCCCUGUUAAACACAAGAACACUCGAGGAAUGUUGUCAGAGGAAUUCGACGCGACAGAACGGAUCCAGUUUCUCGAGGGCGAGCUCGUCCACCUCCGCGAGGCGCUGGCCACCAAGGACAAGUUGCUCCGCUCCCACGAGGAGGUCAUUCGGUCCAAGGAUGUGAUUAUUGCGCUGCUGCAGGAGAGGGGUUGA